AUGGGAUUUGAUAAUCCAAGAUCUGAGAGGUUUGAAGAUGAUUCUGAUGUUUCCAAAACUCCGGCAACAAAUGGUGUUAAAGUGAAAUACCACAUUGAUGGAACACAAAUACCAGAACCAAGUUCGAGAAAGUCUCAGAAAAAGGUUACGAGAAACAAGUUUUUGAAAACAAGAGUGUUAUCAAGAGUAUUCUCAGAGGAUUAUGAAAGAGUAAAAAAGAGAGUACUAGUAUUAGAUCCUAGGGGACAAAUCAUUCAUCGUUGGAACAAGAUAUUUCUGGUAGCGUGUUUAGUUUCUUUGUUUGUGGAUCCUCUUUUCUUUUAUUUGCCAGUAGUUAGAGAAGAAGUUUGCAUUGACAUUGGAAAAAAUCUCGAAGUUGUCCUCACGAUUGUUAGAUCAGUUGGGGAUUUGUUUUAUAUGAUUCAGAUUUUCAUGAAGUUUCGUACCGCGUAUGUUGCUCCUUCGUCCAAGGUUUUUGGUCGAGGAGAACUUGUUCUUACGUAUUCGAAGAUCGCUGUUAGGUACUUCAGCAAGGGGUUUUGGUUAGACUUUAUUGCUGCAUUGCCUCUUCCUCAGGUGUUGAUAUGGAUUAUUAUCCCAACGCUUAGGGGUUCGACAAUGGCGAACACGAAAAAUGUGCUUCGUUUUUUCAUCAUUUUCCAAUAUAUUCCAAGGCUAUAUUUGAUUUUUCCACUUUCGUCGCAAAUUGUAAAAGCUACCGGGGUUGUGACAGAAACAGCAUGGGCAGGUGCUGCUUACAACCUCAUGCUUUACAUGUUGGCCAGCCAUAUUUUAGGAGCUUGCUGGUACCUUUUAUCGAUUGAACGUCAAGAAGCGUGUUGGAGAAGCGUGUGCAAUAUGGAGAAACCGAAUUGUCAAUACAGAUUCUUUGAUUGCCAUAGAGUUAAAGAUGCUUUGAGGGUCAAAUGGUUUGUGUCUAGUAAUGUCACAAAUUUAUGUUCACCAAGUGCUGGCUUUUAUCAGUUUGGUAUAUAUGCUGAUGCCAUGACUUCCCAAGUUACAUCCUCACCAUUCUUCAAUAAGUACUUUUUUUGUCUCUGGUGGGGCUUAAGGAAUCUCAGUUCUUUAGGACAAGGCCUUCUUACUAGCACUUUUAUUGGAGAAAUCAUGGUUGCCAUUGUUGUUGCAACUCUUGGAUUGGUUCUUUUUGCGCUGCUGAUUGGUAAUAUGCAGACAUACCUUCAAUCGAUAACUGUUCGCCUAGAAGAGUGGAGGGUGAAAAGAACUGAUACAGAACAAUGGAUGCAUCACAGGCAACUACCUUCAGAACUACGAGAGUCUAUUCGGAAAUAUAAUCAAUAUAAAUGGGUGGCUACACGAGGAGUAGAAGAAGAAGAUCUUCUCAAAGGACUUCCACUCGAUCUUAGGAGAGACAUCAAACGCCACCUUUGUCUUGAACUAGUUCGAGGAGUUCCGUUGUUUGAUCAAAUGGACGAGAGGAUGCUAGACGCGAUAUGCGAAAGACUAAAGCCUGCAUUAUGCACUCAAGGAACAUACCUUGUUCGCGAAGGCGAUCCAGUGAACGAAAUGCUCUUCAUAAUUCGAGGCCAUCUUGAUUCCUACACCACAAACGGAGGCCGUGACGGAUUCUUCAACUCAUGUCGUAUUGGUCCAGGUGAUUUCUGCGGCGAAGAACUAUUAACAUGGGCCUUAGAUCCAAGACCAAGUGUGAUACUCCCCUCAUCGACAAGAACAGUAAAAGCUGUCUCAGAAGUGGAAGCCUUCGCGCUCAUAGCUGAAGAUCUUAAGUUUGUUGCAUCUCAAUUCCGAAGAUUACAUAGUAAACAGCUUAGGCAUAAAUUCAGAUUCUAUUCACACCAAUGGAGAACUUGGGCUGCUUGUUUUAUACAAGCUGCAUGGAGAAGGCACAAGAAAAGGAAAGAAGCUGCUGAAUUGAGGGCUAAGGAGAAUCUUAUGGCAGCAUCAGAGAGUGAAAGAGCAAAAAGAUAUGGGAAAGGUUUUGUUGUUUAUGAAACAAGGGUGGCAAGGAGUACUAGGAAAGGUGUGCAUCUGCAGAAGCCAACAGAACCUGAUUUUUAUGAUGAAUAA